AUGCAGCCCAACACUAGAGUGUUACUAGCGGCCUCGGCGUCGAUCUAUGCGGCUAAGCGUCGUCUACGUGUCAUCAUCAAGGAGGGGCCCAUACCAGGAUGUGGGCUUGACAGCGAAGGCGAGGGAAUAGUCGCGUCCUUUGCUUUCCAACGGGGUGUCGAGGUAGCAUCCGUCGGUCAACACCAGGGCGUCGUCACUGGACGCGACACCCAUGCACGGUGCCGUCAGUCGUUGCACGACUGGUCUGGAACGGUGGUGGCGUUGGACGCAUAG